CCGGCGGAAGAGCGCUAGUUCUAAACGGUGCUGCAUAUUAAUGCAUGUUUGUCUCGCUGUGUUAGGAAUUCUGGACACCUGAAUCGGUUUGCUGUUGAGACAAGCACCAGAUUGUGAUGCUGUGUGUUCAUGUGCGUGUGAUCAGAGGAAACCACAUCUCACACCUCUACCUGCAUUAAUCUGGGAAAACUCUCAAAUACAGCCACUCAUUCAUCUCCAUUACUACAUGCCAUGCAACAAAGCCCAUGCAUACAGCUCUGACUUGCCUCUAUUAAAGGAGCAUCCCUCAGCCUGUGCACUGCCCUGUUAAAGGACCACUGCAACCAUUAUCAUGACCCACAUCAACGCCUGCUCUGCUCUUCUUUAAGUUGAGCUCUCAUUCAGAAUUCUGCUGUGUGCUUCCUCUUACAUAGUGAAUGUUGGCUCUCCCCUCUGAUACAUGUUCUCUGGUGUGCCGAAUAAAAGGCUCAAGUUGAUUAAUCUCUCUGUCUGUUGUGUUCUGACCGACACCCUGGUACACUGUUAUAUCCAUACGCAACUAGCCCCUACACUUCAGGUCAGCCUUCGCUACAUUUUAUGGUCCUUCGAGCCGGAUAACAGCUGUGCUGGGACAAUGCAGCCGAGUGAUGAAGCAUCAUGGGCCACUCCAGUCAGGCCUAAACGGCAUAUAAGACAACCAACAUACUUACAAGAUUAUGUCACCGGAGUAAAGCCACCAACGAGGUCUAGCCCAGCACCACACAGUAUGCCCCCCUUCACACCUGGAGGGGCUGAGUGGAUCCCACGGUCUCAUGUAAGAGGGACUGCAACCCCUGGCACAAGAAAUGAGUUUGUCCCUGGCUCGGAUGAGAGCCUUAGAGGCACGAGCCUAUCAUUGUCACAACCACAAACCUCUACGCCCCGUAUUGAAGCGCAUCACACUGAUGAUGAAAGAGACUACAGUCAGUGGUAUGACGGAAGUCAGCAAGACUGUUAUGACAAUUCAACAGAGGUCAGGAGGCAGACGCCACAACAAUGGACCACCUCUACCAAAGCUCAGAGAUUCGAACAGCAGAAAUCGUACACAGAUCGGUGGCCCAUCCCCCCUCCUGCAAUGACGGAUGACUACUCAGCUAUGGAUGAAGAUGAGUACUAUAGAGAUCCACCGCCUCCGCCAUGGCCCACUGCUGAGUACCCUCCUAUGCCCAGAAGGGACCAAGAGGAGCACAGAGUCAUCACCAUCAUAGACAGGAUGAUGAAAGAGCUACAGCUCAUGAGAAAUCAAACAGUACUUAGCACCCCAGCUCAUGCUCGCCAGCACUCUGCCCCACAAGACUCUUCUCAGUACAAAGAAAGCAGGGCUCCAGGUUAUGCUCAGCCUCGUACUCAAAGUCAGAAUAUCACUCACCUACACCCAACACUGGAGUUCGAUCCUAUGCUCAGUUUCCUGCCCAGGCCGACACGAGCCACCCUCACUGCUCAUCAGGCCUACCAUACUCACCUGGAUCCAUGUCACUAG